GGGCAGGAGGAAGAGGAGGAGGAGGAGGAGGAGAAGUUGAUGAAUUGUUCAAAUAGUGACAUGACAAGGUUGAUUAACGACGCAACUGUUGCCUUCAAUCACCAGCAGUUGCCCAGGGCAUCGUCACGGGAUCUAAGACGCCAAAGUUUGGGCUAUGGAUUUGUCAACUAUGCGAACGCCUCGGAUGCGGAAAAAGCCAUUAAACACUUCAAUGGAAUGCAACUGAAGAACAAGAAGAUUAAAGUGUCUAUUGCUCGCCCCAGUAGCGAGUCAAUAAAAGGUGCCAAUCUCUACAUUUGUGGUCUGCCGAAGAACAUUUCGCAGGAGGAUUUGGAGAAAAUAUUUUCGCGUUGUGGGAAAAUAAUCACCUCACGUCUUCUUGUGGACCCCACCACAGGCUACUAA